AUGAAUUUCUCUUCGGAUUCCCACUAUUUGGCCUCUUCCUACAGGAAGAUAUUCGGGGAGCCGCCCCGCUACUCCUCCCGUCUUGGCAGUUCGGCCACAGCCAGCAGUUACCGGUCUCAGUCGGUAUCUCGCUGUAGCAACCGCGCCGUCUCGUAUCGGCUGGCGCAGGCAGACACCUUGGAUCUCAGCCAGGCAACGGCGGUGAAUGACGAAUUUCGGCUGACCCGCACCAACGAGAAGGAGCAGCUCCAGGGACUCAACGACCGGUUCGCCGGCUACAUCGAGAAAGUGAGGCAACUGGAGCAGCACAAUCGCCUCCUGGAGGCUGAGCUGAGCGCCCUGCGGCAGCGUCACGCCGAGCCCAGCGGCCUGGCCGAGCUCUUCCAGAACGAGCUCCGCGAGCUGAGGGCCCAGCUGGACGAGACGGAGGCCGCCCGGGCGCAGGGGGUGCUCGAAAGGGAGCGGCUGGCCGAGGAAGUGCAGUGCUUACGGGCGCACUGCGAGGAGGAGGCGCGAGCCAAGGCGGAGGCCGAGCAGGCGUUGCGCGCGCAGCAGAGGGAGGUGGAUGGCGCCACCUUGGCACGCCUGGCUCUGGAGAAGAAGGUGGAGGCGCUGCUCGACGAACUGGCCUUCCUGCGCAAGGUCCACGCCGAGGAGGUGGCCGAGCUGAGCGCCUCCUUGCAGCCAGCCCCGCUGGCUGCCAUCGAGCCGGACGCCACCAAGGCCGAUCUGACUGCGGCACUGAAGGAGCUGCGCUCGCAGUACGAAGGGUUGGCCGCCAAGAACCUGCAGGCGGCCGAGGAGUGGUACCGCGCCAAGUUCGCCAAUCUCAGCGAGCAGGCGGCGCGCAACAACGAGGCCAUCCGAGCCAGUCGCGAAGAGAUCGGCGAGUACCGCCGCCAGCUGCAAGCCCGCACUUUAGAGGUAGAGAGCCUGCGCGGAGCCAAUGAAUCUCUGGAGCGGCAGCUACAUGAGAUGGAGGAGCGGCAUAACGCCGAUGCGCUCGGCUUACAGGAUACUAUUAGCCAGUUAGAAAGUGAUUUGAGAGACACAAAGAAUGAAAUGGCUCGGCAUCUGAGAGAAUACCAAGAUUUACUGAAUGUCAAAAUGGCCUUGGAUAUAGAGAUAGCAGCAUACAGGAAGCUGUUGGAGGGUGAAGAGACACGUUUUAGUACUUCAAGCAUGAGCAUCUCAUCUCUGAACCCUACUUACUCUUUCCAACCCAGGCUCUUUAGUUCAUCUGUAGCCAGCAGCUCCAAAAUGUCAUCCUCUUUCUAUUUUAAGAAAGAUGAGAAAGAGGAUGCUAAAUUAGCCUCAAAAAUUUCAUCAAGCCAGGUAGGAGACCCGUUUGCUGAAAUGAUAGAUGAAACCCUAACAUCUGCUAAAAAAACUGAACGAACAAACUUGGAAGAAGGAAAUGCUAUCAAUCAAAAAAUGUAA